AGCAGGAACAUCAACAAAUUGCUGAACAACUGCAAGAUGUCCGUCAACACCGCACACGCACAGUUUGGAGGUGUUCUGAUCUUUUCAGGCGAAAGGAUUCUUGUUUAUUGUGAUGGCGUCGAGAUGGGCUUUGAUUGUAAAGACCUGGCUCAUUUCAAGGGGAACAAGAAGGGAAGGAUUUACUUAACAACACAUAGGGUUAUCUUCACCAAUAAAAAAACAGAUGACAUGCUCCAGUCCUUCAGUAUGCCGUUCUACUGUAUGCGAGAGGUGGAACUAGAACAACCGGUAUUUGGAGCAAAUUACAUCAAAGGGAAAAUUAAUCCAGAGAAUAAUGGCUGGAUGGGAGACUGCAGAUUCAAGCUCUGGUUUACAAGUGGUGGGGCCAUAGAGUUUGGUACAGCAAUGUUGAAGGCUGGUCAACUAGCCUCCAGGAAUUUUCGCCACCAACCUCCAGCAUACACUCCCCCCCAGGGUCCAGUGUAUCAGGCCCCACCCCCAGCCUAUACUCCACCACAGGGAAACUAUGGUUGGGUACCCUACCAAACAUUCCCAUCAGCCCCACCACCUGAGUAUGUGUACACUACAGAUGCCCCACCUCCAUACCCAGGGGUAGACCCCUCAUGCCCUUCCUAUCCUCCACCCCAGACCAAUGGCACAGCUGCAGAUUUGAAAGCCCAGGAGGCUGCUGGAGGAGCUUAUUACAACCCUUCCAACCCUCACAAUGUGUACGUACCCAACAACGGGGCCCCUCCCUACCAGAACCCUCCAUACGGUGCACCUCAGUAUGGAGCCCCACCCCCAUCAUAUUCUGAAGCAUCUAAGAAGAACAACUGAUGAGGACCUUUACUCUGUAGACUGUAAUUCAUAUGUACCCGGUAUAUUAUGACCUAAACUUUCCCGCUUUAAGUUCAAAAACUUUCUGAAGUUUUGAUUUAAAUUAAGGAUAUAUGUCACAUUACUGAAGUAAUGUUUCUUUUUACCAAAAAUGUUUCAUUCCAACUUAAUUUUAUUAGGUCAUCUUACCUGAAUGGUCAGGAUGACCUAUAGCCUUCGUGUUUCGUCAGCCGUCUUCCGCCAUACAUAAACUUUCCAUUCAAAUUACUACAUCUCGAUAACCAGAAGGCUCAGGGUACUGAUAUUGAACCCAUAGCAUGAUGAAAUUAAUGCUGCCAAGUUUGUUAAUAUGAAUGACCUUUACCCUCUUUCAAUAUAACAGGGGUCAAAUUUGUAAAAAUCUUUAAAACAACUUCUUCUCAGUAGCCAAACUUUCAGGGAACUGAAGCAUGAUUGGGUGAAGGGCUACCAAGUUUGUUAAUAUGAAUGACUUUUACCCACUUUCAAGGUCACAUGGGUAUAAUAUUGAAAUCUUUAGACAACUUCUUCUCAAUAACCGAAAGGCCCAGGUUGCAGAUAUAGGGCCUGAAGCAUUGUUUUUCAACAAAAAAUGUGUGCGGAGUAACGGCAUUAGUGUACAUUUGUUUACGAUUUCAAGUUUGCAGAAAUGUCAUUAUGAACUAACCAAUGUCUUUAUGUAAGCUGUUGUGUAGUUGAGCAAUUUGUUUUAGGCCUAUUUGGCCUCUUUCAUACAUAGGUCUUUAUAGUCAGAUGACCCUUAAGACCCAUGGGCCUCUUGUUUUUUCCAAGAUGAUUUGUUUUUUUCUUAUUUAAGGAUAUUUGCUGCUACACUGAUGUAUAUUCAUUUUCUUCCAAGACUGUCCUAUACCAGGAAACUUAGCUGUAGUGCAGUGUAGCAUGAAUUUUUUAUUUAUCUAAUUUAAAUAAAGCCUGUAUUUUGAAAAAAGUCUGAAAUAUAUUGAUUUAUCUAAUUUAAAUAAAGCCUGUAUUUUGAAAAAAAGUCUGAAAUAUAUUGAAAUUAAGUUAAUGCCACUUUUUGGUUGAAAUCAUGUUUCGAUGAAAAAAUGUUAUCCCUAAAUAAUCUAUGUAAAUGAAAAUGUGGUAAAUUGAUUCAGUGUUUCUUAAUACAUGUAUAUCACUUCAUGUUAUCUUUUAUCAUGGGAGAAAAAAUUUUGGUAGAUGAUUGACAAAGAUUGUGAUAACCAGGAAAGGGAUGGCUUAAGUUAGGUUUACCUAAUACAGUAACAUUAAAUGAUGGAUACAUUUGGUAGGUAAGAGGCCUAGACCAAAUGUGUAGCCAUGUAUAGGCUAUAAAUAUAUAUAGCUGGAUUAAGUUUAAACAAUGUGAAACGGAUAUGCAAAUGAUCUAGUCUGUGCUAUCCGAUAAUUUAUGUUUUAAUGACUCAUCAGACAUAAAACCAAUGCAAGCAGUAUGUAUUACAAGGAUUUAAAUCAUGAUUCCUUAAAAGGACAUGUUUCCUGUACACAACACAAGAUGUGCAGGAAUUUCACCAACUGCACACAGAACCAAUCAAAUAGAAAAUGACCACUUCUGUACCUUAUUAAGGAACUAUAUACAUCUGUGCUGAUACAAUGUCAAAAACUUCUCUAACAACUGAUCCCAGAAAAAAUUAUACUGUGUGCUUAAAAAAGAGUGUUGUUUUAAUGAUAAUACCUGAAUGUAUUGUAUUUAAAGAAAAGCUGUCAUCAUUUGUUUUUUAAUAUAUAUAUAUUGUAACCAGAUCUUCAUAAAGAAGGGUUUUAUCAUGCAGCAUCUGAUGAAAUUUCAUAAUCCAAACAAAUUUAUAUAUUGUGAUAUUAUUAAAAAAAAAUUGUAAUUCAAAAUAUUUGAGUUCAUCAUUCUGGUGACUAUUUUUGUUAACACUUCACUGCAAAACUUAAAACUUGUACCUUAAACUCCUUGUACAAAUGAACCAAAUCAGUUGACAGAUGUAUGUCAACAACAACAUUGAUUACAGGAAAUGUAUUCUGAAGAGAACAUACAACGGAGAGGCAUACAUGUUAAUGUUAUUGAAGUAGUGUAUAGAGUAUGGUAUUAUUGUCCUAUAAGACAUUCAUUGAAUGUUAGCUGCAUAUUACAAAGAAAUAAACAAAGAAAGGUUGAUUUACUUUAGCUGAAGAGAGAAACCACAUUAAUAUCUAUUUAACACCUGAUAUAAGAAUUUCAAUAAUGACACAAGAGUAAGAAGUUCACUUGUGGUUUUAUCGAUUGCUGAGAACGUGUCAUUUAAUAUCACAAUACUUUUAAUGUCAUUUUUACAUUUUACUAAUGGAAAGUGACUUCAAUAGAUUUUGCUUGUCUUCAAGUAUGUAGUGAUAAGUUUCUUUUAUAGUAACAAAGUUAGGUGUGUAUCAAAGUAAUUUUGACAUGUAUGCAAACAGGAAUGCAUAGGGGUUGCUGGGGGCUGAAGCUGUCAACUCAGGAUCCAGGGCUGAUGUCUUGGUAGAGGGUUUGGGGUGGGGGCGUAUCCCCCCAAAGCUGGAAAGAAAAUAAAAAUAAUUUGAGGAAUCAUUUUUAUCAGUUUGCAAUGAUAUGUGUGCAGCUGCAUAUUUAUGUAAAGACAGCUUACUGGUACAUGUCAGGAUCAAGUUUUGCUGCCGAUUUCACAGAUCUGUGGAAAUUGAUUAUAUAUGAUUGGUUUGCAGGGGCAGUUUUCACAGAUCUGUAGAAACUGUUUAUUUCAUAGAACUUUGGAAAUAGCAAUGUGUUGGUACAGUAUGUUUACAAUAAAUAUCAUGGUAAUGAUAUACAUGUAUAGCAUUCUGUUUGUACAUAUAUAUUCAAAUUAUCAUUUUUACCAAUGUAUAGUGUGUUGUUUCAUUAAUGAUUUUACAUACUAGUGUAUAUAUUUUGUGACUUUUCCAUAAGGAAGAGGUGGCAGAUUUUUCAUCGUGAGUAAAAUUUUAUCCAAACAUCAAAAUUAGAUCAUAUGCAUUAUGGUUAUUUUAUAACGUAUAUAUGUUUGCAGUGCUGUAACUGUAAUCAGUCUAUCCUGUGAUGUACAUAUUGUGUUAGAGCACUCGUUACCAUGGUGAUAUUUGGUACUCCGAUAAUUUAGUCAGGCAUAUAUACUUUCCCUCUGGUACUCACCGAUGCAUUUUCAGAAUCCUUUAUAGCAUUAUUUACGAUACACAAAAUUUUUUUAAAUAAGUGUUCUGAACUCCCAAGAAAAAAAUCCUGUACAAAGAUAACUGGCAAGGAAUGAUGAUUAACAAAGCUGUAAUGUAGGUAAAGAACAGAAUUGUUUUUGAUGUGAUACAAUAUGUGUCGUGUUUAUAAACCCAUAUGAUGGUCAUGCGAGGGCUAAAGACGGAAAAAUUGGGUUUGUAGGAUCUGUAGAUAUUUCUGUAUGUCACUAUAAAGGAAGACUGGUAAAUGACUCAGCAUUACAAUUGUACAAACUAUACUCACAUCGUUGUUUUAUUUCUAUGUCAAAAUAAAUAUAUGUGAAGGC